CCGUGAGGCACUUCGUCAUGGGGAUGUUUGCAACGAGUUUGUGAGGCCAGUUCGAUUCCAUUUCGCAAUUGCAACUCCACCGUCGUCGCCAUGGUGUCGCUCUCCACCGUCAUUACGGGCCUCUCCAUCUCCUCCAGCUCUGCCUCGUUCGUUUUCUCGGGCGAGUCUCGAAUCCCCACCCAUGCGGACUCUUCCGUCUCGUCGCAGAACCCUGCGGGGUUGGUCAUUGAGGCUGCGCACAAAAAAGGGUCGGGGAGUACCAAGAAUGGCCGUGACUCCAAUCCUAAGAUGCUCGGUGUGAAGAUUUACGGAGACCAAGUUGCGCAGCCAGGAGCUAUUAUCGUACGCCAGCGAGGGACUAAGUUUCACCCUGGUAAGAAUGUUGGAAUUGGGAGGGACUACACUAUCUACUCGUUGAUUGAUGGGCUUGUCAAAUUUGAGAAGUUUGGGCCUGACAGGAAGAAGAUUAGCGUGUACCCUGCUGAAGCGAAGGUGGAGAACCCUAACAGCAGGCGAGUGAGGAUGCGAGAAUUUUUCAGGGAACGUCGUGAGCGUCGUAGGGCUUACCAAGAAGGCUCAGAAGUAUUCGAACCGAGCCUUGCAAUGGCUUCAGCGGACAGCGUUGACGAAUCUGAUGAAAAAGCACUCUGUUAGUUUGAAUGGAUGCUAGUGUUUUGAGCAGCUGCUAUGGCCUCGUCGUCCUGCACCUCCUCAAGUGCACAAUUCUUUCUUUUACAGAUUUAGAUUCCUGUGUUGGACCUUACAUUAGUCGACAGCCCCGAUCAGUAUCCUUGAAGGUAGUAUUUAGGUCUGUAGGAAAUCCCUAGUAAGGUGAACCUAAUGUUUGAUUUUUUUUGGUCCUACCUUCAAUGACAAUAUUCCUGAUUUCUGUGGACGAGAUUGUUCUCACAGGUCUGAAAGUUUCCUUUAGGUCAUGAAA